UUGUGGGUUUUUUUACUAUUUUAUUUACAGGUAUCUUCCUCGGCUUUAGAUCACGAAGCAUGUAGAGCAUCUGGAUAUUCGAAUCAACUUUCCUGCUCCACUUGCAUCGAGUUGAAAAAAUACAGACUCGCAGUUCUUCAAGAAUCCUGUUUUUCCUGCUGUAAAGAUGACUCUUCAGACUUUAUUUUGCAGAAAUUCCCUUAUGCUGAAGUAACUGUCUGCAGUUUUGUGUUGCAUCCUGUAGCGGAUCGCUUUCCUAACCUAGACGUCAACUACAAGCCAGGCUCAAAGCCAACUAUAAGUCUCCUUGACAGCUCGAAAGUUGUAAAAGAGACCUUCUCUAUGGAAGGUUGGGACUUCGAUACCAUCGUUGAAUUUUUGCGCGAUCGCCUUGCAUAG